AUGAACUUAUCUGACGAGCAAUGCAAAUUGUUGAUUGCGAACAAAGAAUAUGACAGAAUUUUUGAAUUUAUGGACACACAGCCGGAGCCCGGUUACGACAUUCAAAGUGAGUGAUAAAAAAUUUGUCAAAAAAUGAUAAAUCAAACAAACUAAAUUAACCAAAAAUGCGCUUGAACAAAAUUAAAAAAUUCUAGUCUUUUUUUGGCAUAGCAGUCAAAAAAAAAAAAAAAAAACAAAAAUCUGAAAAAAUAGUUUGAAAGGACCCUCGCUGACCUUUUCCGGCCCCCGGACUGGGCCAGCGGAGGUAUCGGCCGUAUUUUAAAAUAACUCCCUAUUUUAGUGAUUCACAAAACCGUCCUCCUGACCAUUUGCUCGAUCAGUUGUUUCCUCAACGCAGUUUUAUUUUACCUCAUUUUGACGCAGUCGCGGAGUCUAAAGAGUAUUAAACAAGUCAUUAUGUUCAGUUGUGUCUACGAUUUUAUAUUUUCGGCUUACAGUAUGCAAAUUGGAUCGGUAAGAACUAUUUAAUUUUUUUAUUUAAUUUUUUUUUGGUUUUUUUUGUUGAUUUUUUUAAUUUUUUUAAUUAAGUUUUUUAUUUUUCUUUUUUUUUUAAAUUUUGACUUAAAAAAUUUCAUUUUUAUUUUUUUUUAUUUAAUUUUUUUAUAUUUAAUUAAACUUCUCUUUGAUUUUUUUGUUUUAAAAGUUUUUUUUUAUUAAAUUUUUUUAUUUGUUUUUAUUUAUAUUUAAUUUUUUUAAAAUUUUUGUUGAUUUUCUAAAAUUAAUAAAAUGUUUUUUAGCUGCCGGGCUCUGUGGCUGGAGUACUCUUUGCCUAUGAUAAUCAGCUAAUUCGCUUCUCGAAUUACCAUGUCAUGGCCGUUCUCAAGACCAUAAAUGGCAUGUUCGUGGUGGGCACAUGGAUGAUAAUCCCGAUCCAAUUUCUGUGGCGCUACCAUAUUUUUAGAUAGUAAGUUAACGGUUGUCAAAAGCCUAAAACGCUUCUUUUAAACAGGAAAUGGAGCACAAACAGUAGUCGUAGUCUUAACGUAGUCCAAACAUAGAGUUCUUAUCAUUCUGUCGGGAAAAUAAUGAGCACUCUCGCCGCGCCAAUUCAAAAAAUUAGUCCAAAAGCAUUCAACUUUACGGCAAAAUUCUCUUCCCUCCCAAUUUUGGGGCUUUUGUCGUCGGAAUCUCAAGUGGCGUACGCGUUUUUGACUUUUUUGAUCUGCAUGAAAAUCUCAGAAUUGUAUUUUAGAUGGUAUUUUAGCCAAAAGUCAACUUCAAAUCAUGAUUUUUUUUAAUCGUAGCGUGUAAUAAAUAAAACUGUUCAAAAUUUUUAGCGGGCAAGCGCCUCGAGGCAGAUACCUUUACUUCACUCUGAUUCCCGCCCUACUUAUCUACGUCACCGGGACCACAAUAAUGUUCACAACCUGGGGGUAUGCCACGGACGAGGAGCGGGUUUUACUGCGGAAAAUUGUGAUUUACAACGGAUUCAAGGACGUCCAGUUGUCGGAAGUAACGGGAACUUAUUCAGUAAGCCUGCAUUUUCUAUACAAUCAAAAAAAAAUAAUAAAAAAUAAAUUUUUUUUUCGUUUUUGCAAAAUUUUUGUUUUAGUCCCGUAUGAACUACAAAGCAUACGACUACAUGGUUAAAGGCAUUCAGACAAUCAGUUACUCGAUAAGUAUUUUGGUGGACUGGCUAAUGUCAAAACAUUGGAAGUUGCGGAAUAUAAAUGCCAAUUACCGCACGGCCAAGACGUUUAAUGGUGUGAAGAAAGCGUUGAGAAUCAUGGUAAGCCAGCCAGUCUGCGGUUGGGGCUACUUUUUGAGAUUUUACUAAAAAAUUGGCUCAAUGAUGAUGCCACUAAUACAGAAAAAUUAGAGAUCGUGUUUUUGGAGAGACCACACAGAAUUAGCGUAAAUUCCCCAGCCAAAAAGGAAAGGGUCGAACAGAGGUAAGCCGGCCCUUCCAUUCUAUCUUCGGAUUAAUUUCCCAAGUUAAAGGUUAGCUUGAGAUUCCAGCUCCUGAAAAGUGUGGCUGAACAAGAAAAUUUUGGAAAGUUUGACUAAAAAGUCGAACAAAUAUUGAUUCAAAUGUAUUUUAAUUCAUGAUGUACCAUCUAAAAUACGGUUCUGAUUUCUCUAUUCAAAUCAAAAAAGUCAAAAAUGCGUACGCCACUUGAGAUUCCAAGGACGUCUCCGAUCCAAGUACUAAUCAAGCGCACCGUUGCUUAACUUGCCAGAUCGGACGGGAUGGCGUGCUUUCAACGGGCUAUGGGCGUACACACUCCCUUCCCUUUCCACUUUUGAUUCCUUUCCCUGCAAUUCCACCCAGCCCACGGCCGGGGCCACUUUUUCGAGAUUUUCUUGAAAAUUUCAGUCAAUAAUGACUUAAACUCCAAAUGAUGGAUAGAAAACCAGUUUUUAGCCAGAAAGAUGUAAUUUCCUAUGAUAUUUUUGUUGGUAUACGAAUUCCAUUUUUUUUGUCAAAAAAUUGCUGAAAUAGAGAAAAAUAUUUUUUUCAAAAAAGCUGCAUUGAAAUCCAAUAAAAAUAACCCAAAUUCACUAAAUUUCAAUUUUCCAUAUUUUUCAGGCAGUUGGCCCUUUAGUUACCGCCGUCCUGCCCACUUACUUGAUCCGAAUGUUCGGUUCGGCCUGCUCUUUUCAUCCCUGGGCAAUUGUAUUCUCCUCAUGGCUGAUUGUGGCUCAAAGCCUGGUCAAUGCCGUCACCACGAUCUACUUCAUCCAACCGUAUCGGAGAUUCUUCUUUAAGGGGACGAAAACAUCGACGAAUAUCGUCGAGAUCUCCGGACGCACUUGGACCAAAUAA